UUGGGUUGGCCUAACCCUAAAAACCUAAAGUCGGGCAUCGAUAAAUUUGUUUAGGUUUUAGGGUUUCUUACCAUGUUGUGGUGAGCCAUUUGUGGCUGCCGCAUUCACUCCCCGCCCCCGUCUCACCGAAGCUCUUCCGUCGUCGAAAAUGGUUGCCACCAAGAAGACCAAGAAGACUCAUGAGAGCAUCAACAACAGAUUGACUCUCGUUAUGAAGAGUGGAAAAUACACAUUGGGUUACAAAACCGUCCUCAAAUCUCUCAGAAACUCCAAGGUAUUGGACAGCGCUGCACAUAUCGAACAACUCCAAAUGAUGGGAUUUUUAUUUUUUCAUGGUGAAGUGAAGUUGAAUGGAUUUCAUCUUGGUAAGUUGAUUAUCAUUGCCAACAAUUGCCCUCCUCUUAGAAAGUCGGAGAUCGAGUAUUAUGCAAUGUUGUGCAAGGUUGGAGUUCACCACUACAAUGGAAAUAACGUAGACUUGGGCACUGCUUGUGGCAAAUAUUUCAGAGUGUGCUUCCUUAGCAUUGUCGACCCUGGUGACUCUGAUAUCAUUAAGAGCAUGCCUGGUGAGCGGUGAUCACUAAGCUGUAGGGGGAAGAACUCAUCUUCACAGGCUUUGUUCUGAUAGUUUCUAUUUUUGAGUAUCUGGAAACAUUGUUGAUGUUAAAGAGAAGUUAUUCUGAAAUU